CCCGGAUGAGCGCUCUCCUUUUUGCAGUUGAGGCUUCUCUUCUCUCUUUUGUAGGUGCUUUCCUCCUUCGGUAUUUGAACCUCUCACAUCUGCUGUGGUGUUUUUGGUAGAAGAUCCCGUCCAGCAGUGAUUCAGGAACUGUUCUUUGCAAGUUGAGCUGCAUAAAGGAGAGCGUUUAGAUUUAAAAGCUUCGAGUGGAUCGUUUCCUUUAAGUCUUAAAGUUAAUUGACUGAUAUAUUCUAUAGUUUUGCACUUUACGGUGACAUUGCACUUUGAAAAUUUGACCACACCUUUUCUCCCCUUAAAAAAAAAAACUUUUAAGCAGUCGCUUUAUUUAAACGUCUUUAUAAGCUCGCAAGGUUUUGUUUAAAGGAUUGCUACUGAUCUUUAGUAUCUAAAGGCACUGUACAGUGUUUGGACACUCCGUGUUUUUGUAUUCUUUUUGAGGGGAGUAUUUUAAUUUUGACGUGACCGAAUCAUGGCUGGACUCAAUACCUUGGAAGCAGUGAAAAGGAAAAUCCAGUCUUUGCAGCAGCAGGCGGAUGAGGCGGAGGAGCGAGCCCAGCAUCUGCAGCGAGAGGUGGACAGUGAGCGCGAGCUGCGCGAGAAAGCUGAGGCUGAUGUGGCUGCAUUAAAUCGACGAAUCCAGCUGGUGGAAGAGGAGCUAGACCGCGCCCAAGAACGGUUAUCCACAGCCCUUUUGAAGCUUGAAGAAGCAGAGAAGGCAGCUGAUGAAAGUGAGAGGGGUAUGAAGGUCAUAGAAAACAGGGCAAUGAAAGAUGAGGAGAGAAUGGAAAUUCAGGAGCUGCAACUGAAAGAGGCCAAGCACAUCGCUGAAGAGGCAGAUCGCAAAUAUGAAGAGGUUGCUCGGAAGCUGGUUGUUCUAGAAGGAGAGCUCGAGAGGGCAGAGGAACGCGCAGAGGUGGCAGAACUGAAAUGUGGUGAACUGGAAGAGGAACUGAAAAAUGUGACCAACAACCUUAAAUCACUUGAAGCUCAAUCUGACAAGUACUCUGAGAAAGAAGACAAAUAUGAUGAGGAAAUAAAAGUUCUGGCAGACAGACUGAAAGAGGCAGAGACUCGUGCGGAGUUUUCAGAAAGAAGUGUUGCUAAACUGGAAAAGGCAAUUGAUGAUCUGGAAGAAAAACUUGCCCAUGCAAAGGAGGAGAACUUGGGUAUGCAUAGCGUUCUGGACCAGACUCUACAAGAACUGAACUGCUUAUAAUUCCAGCAUCAAGAGAAAGAACUUGUUGCCCUCAAUAUUUCACUUCUCAUAUUUUUGUGCUUCCAGAAAAGAUCUGUUAUAACCUAUGAAAAUGUGACCAAAUAUUUUAUAUAUUACAAGAAGUUUUUUAAAGAAACAAGAUCCACCCCCUUGCAGUGCAUGUAAACUCCUCCACACAUUCCAGUAGUUAGUUUUUAAUAAAUGCUGUUGCAUCUUAAAGGCAAGGGGCACAUUUGCAAAAAAUACUUGCAGUGUCCUCAUAGGCGAAACAGGCUGCCGUUUUAUUUUGUCAGUUAUAUAAAUACAAACACACCUCUUCUGGUAUAAGCAUCUCUAGUGUGUCAGUAGUGAAAGCAAGAAUGUGCAAAAUGUUUCAUCUCUGGUUAUUCUUCUGGAAUAUUACUUUUUAACUCUGGGGAAGUGCCAGUCUUAUAUAAUUAGCAGAUGACUAUGCAUCUAUUCUCAAACGGCGUUAAUUUAAUAUAUAAAAGCUGGACCAAAAAAAGAUGCAGGUUCUGACCGAAGACCAUGCCUCUGAAGACCAGAACCAGUGGGUUUUGCAGCUAGCAAACAAUACCAGGCAUGCGUAGUUGUUUACAUCCCUUGAAGGGACUAGCAUGUCUGUCCAGUUCUGAUUUGCAACUCGUACAUCCACUGUGUAUCUGUAGAGUUUGUAUUAAGUAUUUUAGCAUCACAUUUCUUAGCUUAUUUUCAAUAAAAAUUUUUACAGAAAGUCUA